AUGUCGUGGCUUUGGAAGGGCGAUGCGAGCUCUCCAGCCUCUUUUGAAAAGGCACUUUCCAAGCUCUCCACUCAAAUCACCUCCGCGAACCUAGCCCUUGAUACAAGCCGAACCAGAGGGCGUCGAGUCAAAGCUCUAUGGACUAUCUACACCACCGUGACAUAUGUCCUUUACGCUCUGGUUAUUGUCCUCGUUCUGGGACCACAGAAUUGGUCUCUCUAUCACUAUGCUGGUCUCAUCGGUGCGCCAGCGAUGAUAUACGUCGUCAGGAUACUCUUAACUGCGUUUUUCGACUGGAGAAUCAGUCGUCAACAGUCAUAUGUGGACCACUUGCAAAAACAGAGAGAAAACAAGAUCGCGGAUCUCAAGAGAGCUACCAAAUACGAUAGUACACAAGAACUAUUACAAAAGUAUGGCGGUGCACCACCUGCAAAGACACCGUCAACACAACCUCAACAGGGCACAAAACGGAAGAUCAACCGCCCAGCGGAAGAUCAACCUCCACAAAGGACUGGGAUCGCUCCUCCACCCACAGCCAAUAUUCCUGGUCGAAAUCUCCCAUCACCUUCUCCUCUGACACCCCAUGUUGAAGCCAGUUCCAUGUCACCAGUUCGUGGUCGAUCACCACUUAUGGAGUCUAUGAUGGCACAGAAUCCAACCGACAUGACUCCCGACUCGCCAGGAUUUGCUCCCAAUGCUUUUCCCAGUAUGCCACCACUACCACCAUCUCCUCCUCCUCCUUCUAGCAUGGCCUAUGAUCACACGCCUCACUGGUAUGAUCGAAUACUCGAUGUUCUCCUUGGCGAGGACGAAACUGCGGCGAAGAACAGACUGGUUCUAUUGUGCUCAAAUUGUCGCCUCGUCAAUGGCCAAGCGCCUCCAGGGGUCAAAACAUUAGAAGAGUUAGGUCGGUGGAGAUGUAGUGGCUGCGGCGCUUGGAAUGGAGUGGAAAGCGAAGGAGCGAAAGCCAUGAAAGAAAUCACAGCAGCCUCGAAGAUGGACAAUGGAGAAGGGUGGGAGAAGGUGCCUCGGAGCACAGAAAUACAGGAAGAUUCUACCGAAGACUCGAGGGCGGAAGAACUGGCAGAUACUAGCAUUCAGGGCUCAACGGGUCGAGAAGUUGACGAUGAGAGUGGCCUUAGCAAGCGUGUGACCCGCAGUACAGGCAAGAAGGGUUCUUUUGAAGCAUUGGAAUGA